AUGCGUUGGCACGACACCAUUGUUCAAGAACGCAUACCAGGGCCGUCGCGGCACCACCGUGCCCUUAUGGCUGAGUACAAAGGAGCGAUCAGCCUUUCCUCGGGUCAGCGUAACGGUGACUGCAGCUUGACUACUUUCCUACCUCGUAAAUCGAACGUCAAUUGCGCAGUAUGGCUGAAGGAAGACCUCCAGAGUCCAGAGGUCUUCCAGAAUAACGACAAACACCCCCAGAAAGCGUCAGUGAGAGGAAUGAAGGCGAAGCAGACUGUCAGCCAAAACCGCGACGCUCCCGACGUCGAUCCCCCCAAAACAAGCAGAUAUUUACCUAAAGCGAAACCCAGCACCCAUUGGCAUGGUCGAAAUUCCUUGAAGAACAUCAUCGUCUUUGGGGACUCGUACAGCUCUCCCACGGCAGAAGAUGACGAGUUCACCGACGAAAACGCUUACCGAUGGACAGACCACAUCUCCAACGCACUCACAAACGUUUCCGCUCGCGUUCACAACUUCGCAGCCCCUGGGGUGACCGUCGAAGCGACCUCUCUGCACAGCUUUCCCGAUACUUGUUCCCCCGAGCUCCGGACCGCGCGCCGGACCCGUCUGAAAGCACUUACGUUCAUCUGUCCACCAGUUCCAUACAUCGGUAUCAACGGCUGCAGUAGGACGCCCUCGGACGACUUGGCGCCACUCGUCGAGUCUCUCCUCGACGCUGUCCACAACCUGUAUACCGAAUUCGAAACUGGGCCCAUCCACCGGUCAUCCGGUGGUAGCAAAACUCAUUCCUGUCUGAGAUACAUACUCACGCUACCAUAG